AUGAAGGCGACGUGCUUGAUGUUUUUGGGGCUCGCGGGGAGAGCGGCCGGCGCGGCCUCGGACUCCGUAAGCGCCUACCACAUGAGCUGCCACGGGGUGUACAACAAGAUCGCACGGCAAGCGAUGGGCGACAUCAAGGAGUUGCAGACCAGGGUGGACUCGGGAGAGGCGUGUCCGGCGCUGGGGGAGAAGGCGGACAGCAUCUGCAACCAGGCCUUGGAGCAAUUUAGCACGGAUGCCGCGGACACCGAGAACGAUCCCACAAAGGAAUCCAUCUUUGACGAGAAGGUGGAGGAGCUUGAGACGUCUUUGGAUCUUCCCCUGCAGCUGGUGUACAUGAAGCAGCUAACGUUGCUCCGCGAGAAGGCUCUGCAGAGGUAUAAGACACUCGCGAAAGGGAGCGAGACAAGCGACUACCAGGCUAUGGUGGCGGCCGACCAGUGGUUCGUGAAGGAGGCGGAGGCCAGCACUCGUGCCGGGUCGUCAUGGGAAUUCUCCGCCGUGCGGAACAGCCUGCAGACGGCGAUGAACGAGAUGGCGCAGAGGGGCAAGAAGGCAACGGACGCGGCGGUACGAGCGGCGCAGCAGACGAGCACGGCCAUGCAGUACUUGCAAAUGCAGCAGCAACAGCUUGCGGCAUUGCAGAAUCAGCUGUACGGGGGCCAGCCUUCCCCAUGGAACUUCGGUGCUGCGUACCGUAUCCCCGACUCCAACAUCAACCUCUCCGGAACGUACCAGCAGGGCAAAGCGAACCUCCAGAUGACCUGUGUACCGGACGAGUACAGCUCCAUGUUGGGAGCGCAAGGGUUCACGCAUGGGGUCGGCCCGGGCAACCUCGGCCUCUCUGUCAACCUCAGCAUUUAGUGCAACCGUAAGCAUUUAGUGCAACCAUCCGACAGACCGUAGUAGACGGGAGUUGACCUUUUCUUCGCCCGACUGGGUGCAACGAGCAGCCUGUUUUUGUUCGGAGCAGUCGAAGCAUUGAUCGGGUGAGGGCGUUGGUGCUUCCUGUCAAGUUGGAGAAUCUGACUUUUUUCGGCACGGCAACCAAGGGUCGACGCUACUGCAGAACCGGCCUUGUGAGAGUGGGAACGUCGCGCGUUGCUAUCGCUCUUUCCCUCGAUGGGGGUUGUCGUCUAGAUCGGGGAAUCGGCGGGCGAGAUGGCGGUUAGCAAUCGUCGCUAGAGAGCAUUGCCAUCCGACCCUCAGGCGCAUUAUUUGACACUCGAACGUACGAUACCCGAUGCCAUGUUGUCGAUGCAUGAAAAGCAGUGGAGAUAGUGAUGAACUCCAAGCAUCAAUGAGGUGAAAUGGGGGCGAGUGUACCCCACACACUGACGCUGUUUGCAUGAGCUUGGUGAUAUCCUGUCUUGUCUUCUCCCGUGCCUCGUUCUUGCGGCGAUCGUUCUUCCGUCCGUACUGAUUUUUUUAGUUUUAACGCUUGCCCGCCGGCGCUCGGGAAAAUAUAGAGCGAGAAAGCACUGCACCAUGCUGUCCCGUUUGAAAGGAGCGGAUGCCCGAUCUCUGUUGUUCAGUAGUCGGCGCGCGAUGUCUUUCGUUUGUGCUGUGAUAUUAUAUUAGAUGCGAUUGGGAAGAAGGCCGCUGUCAAAGUCACUACCCCAUGCAGGUUGGUUCUGCGUUGUUUCUCUCUUUGCGGGUGUCGUGUGUUGUGCACGUUGUUUGGCGAUGGGAACCGAAUCGACACGUGUGCAUCCUGAGGGUCAAGUUUCGCCCUUUGCGACCGGCCGCUUGGGUGUUCGCCUGGCCAGGCAUGACAGCAACAGAGUUGGCAACGACUGGCUUGGUCCAGGGGUCUUGCUGUCCUCGAGCAACCCCGAUUGAAGGCGUUUUGUAACGUGACGCGAGGGAAAUCAAUGGAAAACAGGUACCUUGUGAU